GAGAGAGAGCGGGAGAGAGAGAGAGAGAGAGAGAGAGAGAGAGAGAGAGAGAGAGAGGCAGGACUGGGGCAGAGUUUAGAGCACGUUCAGUUGACAGGCGUCGCCGUUGCUACUCGAUUCCGAUAACAACACAAGCGAAGGCACGGAGCUGUCGCGAGAUACGCGCCUUUAACUGGAUUAAGCCGAGAAAAGCCGUUUUGGACGGACCGAGCUGAAGGCGGAUGAGCGCAGCCCGCGGGAGGGCAAGUGUGUUUCUGCGGCGGCGGGGUCCAGUCAGCGAAAGAUGAACAAAAACCACCGAGUGCCGAGCAACCGAACUCUGAACGCCGUGGAGGUGAAGAGCAAGUUUGGAGCAGAAUUCAGGCGUUUCUCUUUGGACCGGUCCAAGCCGGGACGCUUUGAUGAGUUUUAUGGCUUGCUGCAGCAUGUGCACCGGAUCCCCAACGUCGAUCUGCUUGUGGGUUACGCCGAUGUCCACGGGGACCUACUGCCAAUCAACAACGAUGACAACUACCAUAAAGCAAUCUCCAUGGCAGCGCCCCUGCUCCGUCUCUUCUUGCAGCGGAAAGAGGAGGCAGAUUACUCUGCAUUCGGCACGGACACUGUGACUCGUAAGAAGACCCCGGCGGCGCUCGCAGCGGUCCUCCUUCGACCGGAUGCCAACAAGAAGAAGCCUCCUAUCAUCAUCAGCCUGCCCAAAGAUUUCCGGCCAGUAUCCUCGAUCAUCGACGUGGACAUCCUUCCAGAGACGCACCGCCGUGUCCGCCUCUACAAACACGGUCAAGAGAAACCACUGGGCUUCUACAUCCGUGAUGGUUCCAGCGUGCGCGUUACACCCCAAGGCCUGGAAAAGGUCCCGGGCAUCUUCAUCUCCCGCAUGGUCCCCGGAGGCCUGGCGGAGAGCACGGGACUGCUGGCCGUCAACGACGAGGUGCUCGAAGUCAAUGGCAUCGAGGUGAGCAGAAAGUCUUUGGACCAAGUAACGGACAUGAUGAUCGCUAACAGCCACAACCUCAUUAUAACCGUCAAACCGGCCAAUCAGCGCAAUAACGUGGUACGCAGCAGCGGAGGCGGCAGCUCAGGACGAUCUUCUGACAGCAACACCAGUUUUUAUGGUUACUCGACACUGGGUUCGAUGGCGAUGACCCCGUCCCAUAUUAUCCAGAACUAUGAACCGGACGAGGAGAGCGAGGAGGAGGAGGAUCUGGUGAUGGAGGCGGACGGAGGGGCUAAACUUAUUCCGCAGGCAGGGGCGCGGGCAACAUCCAGCACCAGCAUGCCCGCCUUGCCCAGAUACGAGCCCCACCUCGACCUCCGCCCCUCAAAUGGUACCAUGGCAAGCAGCGCGAGCGCGGGGUCUCUGAAUGCCCGUGACGGGGUAUUAGAAGGGCGAAAUCUAGAGGAGGAGGGCACAGUCAUUACACUGUAAAGACACACACAACAUAUAAUCACACACACAUGCCAAUACAUACUCUUGUGUGCCAUAGGACUAAAAAUGCAUGUCCAGGACCAAAAGAGAAGGCCAGUCACCACAGCACCUUACAGCACUUCUCUAUAACAACAGGACCAAGUAGUUCUCAUCAUCAAACCCGUGGAGAGCAGCACAGCACCAAAGAUAGCUGCUUCUUGAGUAAUAAUGAACUUCCUGAGUCAGUGCGAUUGAAUGAAUGCAGACGGCACCGUAUGAGUCAUGACAAUCCUUUUUUACUUUGACAACCACUCCUUUCAUAGCCACGAGGCUCUAGUGUUAUCAGAGAACAAAAUACAAUGGAUUUUACCCAUCCUCUGCGUUACCAUGGUAACUGAGUCUGUCUGAGCUGCAGAACUUCAGAAGGAACUGAAAUAAGCUCUUCAUCCAUUCCCGUCUGCAACACUAACACUCUCAGCUCAUUCUUUGUGGUAUUCAAGGGAAUCGUGAACCUUUGUCGGGCUUGAGUGAAUGUUUAGGAGAUAUUUUCAUGUGAAUGGACAGUUGUAGACUGCUGCCUCGGUUAAGAUACAGAUGUCUUUUAUUAUCUCAGAAGUUUUUAAUCAUAGCCAAAAAGACAAAUGAUUAAUAUCACAUUUUUCAUACUGAUAUGUUUUAUUGGUAUCACUUAUAUUUCUUUAUGACAAGGGCUAUCUCUUUGCUACCUGUGGUUUAUUUUACCCAUUGAUCUUUACUUGACAACCCUGUCUGGGGUUUUGGAAUACAUAAUUAUCAAUAAUGUUUCAAGGGAGCCCUCUGAUGUGGACACUUGGUAGUUUCAUUUAUGAAGAGCGUCUCUACCGUGACACUUUUCACUAUGGUUCAGCUUGUUAACAUUAGAUAGAUCAGCCAAAAAUGAAAAUUCUGUCAUCAUUUACUCAGAUCUUGUGUCAUUUUAUAACUUUCUUUCUUCUGUGGAGCAUAAAAGCAGAUAUUUCCAUACAUGGAGAGUUCCGGUUGGGAACGUGGUGGUGAGUAAACGAUGACAGAAUUUAAAUUUUUUUUGGGGUGAACUAUAACAGUACAUUUAAUGCAUUAGGUAUCUUAACUAACUAUUAAUAAUAUUUUUACAUGAUCUAUGUUAAAGUUCAUUUCUGCAUACUCUAAUAUUUAUAAGUUUAAAGUUUAAAUAAACAUUUGAUAAUGUAUCAUGAGUCAUGAACAAUAGUAUAUGUAUGAAUCAGCAUUAACCAGGAUUAAGAAAAGCUGUAAAAAUGGUUCAUUUUUGGUUCAUGACACAUAACUCAUUAUUUAAUGUUAACAAAUUGAACCUUAUUUUAAAGUGUUACCUCUUAACAAUAAGUGUUGCAGUCGAAUUAUGGAGAAAACAACCCUUAAUUUGUAGUAAAUUACUACGAAUAUUGAAUAUAUAGCAAAAUAUUCAGUAUCUUCCCCUCUUUGUAUGUAAAGGUUUAAAAAAAUAAUAAUUUGUUUUUCUUUUUUUGUGCAUGUCAGCAGAGUACCAGC